AUGGAGAACCAGACAAAAUUAGGUGAAUUGCUGCAGCUGAAAGAGGUGAACUCCCAGCCCAGGCAAUCUGGAUCUGGCACGUGUACCUGCUCCGGGGCCAGGACCCUUCCCCGGAUCAGGCGCCGCCUGAAGCCAAGACAGCCCGGGAGUCAGGUGGGCGCUGGGCCCCCAGGGGGCUGUCGAGGGUGGGAGCUAGACACGGGGACGCACCGGCAUCCGUCAGCGAUUCCUCUGCCUUUGGACAAGUCGGUGCCUAGGGCGAGAUUCUGGAGGCAGGUGGGAGCAGCCCGGAAGCCCGAGGGGGAGGGCGCGCCGCCUCCCUCCUCAGAGCAUGGUGCGGGAGCGCCGCGGCGGCCGUUCCUCCUCCGCCUCUGGACUCCCGGGGCGCGGCUGUCCCUUCCAGGUCUCCCUCCGGGCCUUCCCAGGGCCGGGGAAAGUUCCUCCGAACCCACAGCGCCCUUGGAUUUGGAGCCUGCCGCGGCGCUGGCUGUGGAAUCCGCUCUGCUCGGAGCCCAGCGGAGCGCGUCGCGGGCGCUAGGAAGCCGCCGUCUGCGGGCGCCGGAGCGGCGCUGCCCGUGCGGAGCCGAGAGUUUGCAGCCCCGGCCGCGAGUGGCCCCGUCGCCCCGCGGUUGUUUCCUGCGCGGGGCGCGGCGACGAGGUCUGCAAGUUGCAAGGAGACCCCCAGGGGUCCGGAGAGGGCUGCGCUCCGCCUCGCAUCCCUUCCUGCGGUCCCCGGCGCUCGGGCGUGAAAUCGGGGCGACGUGUACGGAGGCCUCCGGGUCCCGCCGAGACUGAUCUGCGGCGCUCCCCGCCUGGCCCCAGUCCGCACCCGGAGCCCGGGAGCGCGGGGCUCGAGGAAGGCCGGGCAGAGGGGACGGGGGCGAGGGGCGGCGGCGGCGGCGACAUGGCGCGGUUCCCCAGGGCCGACCUGGCUGCGGCGGGAGUUGUGCUACUUUGCCACUUUCUGAUGGACUGCUGUCAGUUCGCCCAAGGGGAGCCUGGACGCCGAAGGAACGGCAGAGUGGACAGUGAGAGAGAAAGGUCUUCCUUUUCCGUUGGUUCACCCCCCAGUGGCUGCUGCGGUUGGCGCGCUGUGGUGCGUGCACCACGCUGAUCCGAAGCCAGGAGCUUCUCCUGAUCUCCCAUGAGGGUGCAUCCUCCACCACACUCCCGGGCCACAGCAGAGAGCUGGCCUGGAAGAAGAGCAACCAGGACAGAAUCCAGCGUCCCAACCAGGACUAGAACCUGGUGUGCCGGCGCCACAGGUGGAGGAUUAGCCUGGUGAGCCACAGCACCGGCCUGUACCAUUUACCUUUGAAACCAGUUUAGAUGUUUGAGCAUUCUUUGUUUCCAGGGAGACUUUUCCUAUGAAGAGGUUUAAUUAUGACAUGAAUGCAAAUUGUGAUUCCCUGAAGAUACUGAUUGUGUUUGGGUUAGUAUUCAAUAAAAAUCAGUUGGUCAAAAA